ACAGUAUACUUGUAAUCAUUAAGUCCUUGCUAGUUAACAAGUAUGGCUUUUGGAGGACUUUUUUUUGCUGCAAACACUACAAUACAUUACAAAGUCAACAAGUAACCUGCCUCAAAACAUAAUUGCACUUCAUCCUGUAAACGUUGCAAAGUCUACCCUGAUCUCAAGAGGAAAAAAAGACCAGCUGUUCUAUUCUUCGCAUGUAUUGUUCCUCUUAUUUAUUAAUAAAUAAGGCUGCGGAUACGUAAUGGUGGAUACGUGGAUUUUAUUCGCACGCAUCUUGUGUUUACUUUCAGAGGAAAAAAAAAAAUCAUUAAUUUCUCGGGUCUCUUUAUUGACACCAAUAACGAUCACUUUUGGGCUAAAAAUGACGUCACUAAAAGUCUAAAAGUCUGUAAGAAAUGAAGUGCCGUUUUUCCAUAUGAUAAGAAUAUAUAAUGUGAUGUGACGACAUACAAACAUCCAUCCCGCAUCUCUUCGUCCCAAAUGGGCUAAACAAAGAAUGACGUCAGAGCGCACGUCAUUAAUAAAAGUUUGGUGACGUCACAUUAUAACGCGGUUGUGUACAACAUUGCAACCAAUUGUCACUAAACUAACCAAUGGGGGUAUGUGACUUAUUGAUUCUAUCGCGUUCUGUUCCCGUUUGAUUAACAUUUUCCUCUGUUAAUAUGAAAUAAAAGUGUUUUUGGGUAGCUGGCACUUCAAUCCAUUUCAAAUCCAAUUAACUUAAAAGUAUUGCCAUGGAACAGAUUCAACCCAAAGGUCACGGUACCACUAUGACUCAAACUUUAAUUGGAUUAAAACAGAUUUGUUAGGCAAUGUGAAAAGUUACUCAUUCACACUUUUUAAAUGGAGCUCCUGGUUUUUAAACUUUUUAUUAUUUUUUUUUUAUGCACCUGUUGGUAUAACCCUUUGACGGGUUUGCUUUAGGCUUGACAAAAACAAAGCGACAUGCUGAACGGGGAGGACUAUUCGUAUUGGACAGGAAGUAACAAUGAUGUUCACAGUGACGGAGUUUGCGUCCUUGAAUGACGUCCAUCCAACGUACCGCAUCUUGAAGCCAUGGUGGGAUGUCUUCAUGGACUAUUUGAGCUUGGUCAUGCUCAUGUUGGCCCUAUUCGCCAUGACCAUGCAGAUCACCAAGGACCAGCUAGCGUGCCUUCCUUUCAUGGACGAACCGCAGGAGGACUCUCGAAAUGACUCCGACCCGGCGCAGAAUGCUCAGCAAGUAGCUGCCGCGAUAAACAUCAAGAGUGGCGUGCAAAACCUUCAGCCCCAGUAUGAUGAAGAUACCGAUAAGAGAGAAGAGAAUUGUCGCGAUGGGCAUCAAGCACCGGGGAUCAAGACCAAUUUGGACUUUCAGCAGUACGUGUUCAUCAACCAAAUGUGUUAUCACCUUGUGUUGCCCUGGUAUUCCAAAUUCUUCCCUUAUCUCAUCCUGAUCAACACCGUCAUCCUGAUGGUCAGCAGCAACUUCUGGUUCAAAUUUCCCAAGACGAGCUCGAAAAUAGAACACUUUGUCUCCAUUCUGUGUCGCUGUUUCGAGUCUCCGUGGACCACCAAGGCCGUGUCGGAAACAGCCUGCGAAGAGUCGGAGAAGAACAAGCAGAGGUUGAGCGGCACCUCUCUCGCCCGUCACACCGCGUCUUUAGAGGGCAACGAGGAAGGCCCGGGUUCCAUGACCACCUCCCCCAUGCUGGAAGGCGUGGUGUCGGCCGAUAACCCCAUCGCCGAAGCCCCGACGGCCACCAUGCCCAUCUUGGAUAAAAAGGACGGGGAGCAGGCCAAAGCCCUGUUUGAGAAAGUGCGCAAGUUCCGAGCUCACGUGGAGGACAAGGAUUUCAUCUACAGGUUCUACGCGGCUCAGACCAUCUUCAAAACGGCCACCUUCAUCUCAAUGCUCUCCUACACCUCCAGCUUUUUGGUGAAAAUUCAUUUCGAGCAUAUUUGCGAGACUGACGUCAAAGCGCUGGUGGGCUACGGACGCUUCUAUUGUACGCACAACAUGGCCUUCAUGUUAGAGAAGGUGCUCUUCUGCUACAUAGCUCUGAUGAUCUUGUACGGGAUGGUGUGUCUCUACUCGCUCUUCUGGGUAUUCCGAGGACCUCUGAAAGAGUAUUCCUUUGAGAAAGUCAGGGAAGAGAGCAGCUUUAGUGACAUUCCGGAUGUCAAAAACGACUUUGCUUUCCUCCUACACAUGGUCGACCAGUACGACCAGCUCUACUCCAAACGCUUCGGCGUCUUCCUGUCCGAGGUGAGCGAGAACAAGCUGAGGGAGAUCAGCCUCAAUCACGAGUGGAACUUCAAAAAAGCCCGGAAAUGCGUGACUCGCAACGCGCAGGAUCAGCAAGAGCUGCACCUGAAGAAUCUCUUCGGUCUUCCGAACGUGGUCUUUGACCUCACCGACUUGGAGGUGCUCAAGCUGGAGAAGAUUCCCGAAGUCAGAUUCACCGCUAACGUGUCCCAGAUGACCAGUCUGAGGGAGCUGCACCUCUACGAGUGUCUCGCCAAAGUGGAGCAGACCGGUUUCGCUUUCCUCCGCGAUCAUCUUCACAGCCUUCACAUCAGUUUCACAGAUGUCGCCCAGAUCCCGACGUGGAUAUUCCUGCUGAGGAAUCUGCGACAGCUCUACAUCGUCGGCAACCUGAGCUCGGAAAAUAACAGGAUCUUCGGUUUAGAGUCCAUGCGGGACUUGAGGCAUUUAAAGAUUUUGUACCUGAAGAGCAACCUCCCAAAAUUGCCCACCAACAUCACCGACGUGUCGCAGCACCUGGUGAAAUUGAUGGUGCACAACGACGGCACCAGACUCUUCGGGCUGAAUACUCUGAAAAAAAUGACCAACCUCAUCGACCUGGAGUUGCACAGUUGCGAGCUGGAGAAGAUCCCUCACGCUAUCUUCAGCUUGCUCAACCUGCAGGAGCUCGAUCUGAAGUCCAACAACAUCCGGACCAUCGAGGAGAUUGUCAGCCUGCAGCACCUCAAGAGACUGACGUGUCUCAAGUUGUGGCACAACAAAAUCACGUCAAUCCCCUCCUCCAUCGUCCAGGGCAAGUCGCUGGAGGCUCUCCACCUCUCGCACAAUAAGUUGCAGUCCCUGCCGCCGGCGUUGUUCAGACUACCUAAACUGCAAUCUUUGAAUUUGGCCCACAACUUCAUCCAGGUGCUCCCUCAGGGUGUCGGUCUUCUGCUGGACCUGCUGGACCUGGACAUGACUUCCAACAAGCUGGAGACCUUGCCCAAGAAUUUGUUCAAGUGCACCAAGCUGAGAGUGCUUUGCUUGGCCCACAACGACCUGAGGGAACUGUCAGAGGCUGUUGGAGACCUGGUUCUGCUCAACCAUCUGGAGCUGAAGGGCAACAGUCUGGAAAGGCUCCCCGCGCAGCUCGGAAACUGCCGCCGGCUCCUCAGAAGUGAGUUCCUGGUGGAGGAUCACCUCUACAUGACCCUGCCCGUGGAAGUCAGGGAGAGCAUCGCCCGAGACAGCAACAUCGCCAGUACAAGUGUCUUGUAGCAGCAGGGCUCAAACUUUUUGGGUCCGGACAGGGAGAUUUUUUUUUUCCCCCAAUCAACCCCUAAAAAGUCGGUGUUGUGGCCAAAGUAUUAAAAGUAUUUCUUUGUUACCAUCUUGUAGCAACUCAAAUCUGGAAAAUGGAUUUCCAGUUUUUGUUUGAUUUUUUUGGGCACAAAAUAAAUUCAUCCACCCAUUGUGGCAUUAAAUUAUCUUUCAUAAAAACAUAUUUGAUUUUUUUUUUUUUUAAAUUACAGUCAUUUUAAAACAGUGUUAAUUUUACAGACGCUCGACCAGCCGAAGAUAAUCUUGUUGUGACACAAAUAAUGUAACGGUGUGCCUGAGUGGUGGUGUUCCAAACCUUUUGAUUGUUUGUUUUUAUUCCACUGAUGAGUGGAGAAAGCACCAAACGCCAAGGGCUGGCCAAUGAAUGAUGACAUUAAUGACGAGUCUCAAUUGCUCAUUCUUUUCUUUUUUUUUUUUUGCAUCAAGCAUGUCAGACCAUUUUUUUAAAUUAUUACUUGUAAUGUAGACCUUUGAUAUUUUUGUCUCAGGAACAAAUAGAAGCGUGGAUGAAAAUUUAAAUGGUUUAAAAAAUUAUUUUUUUUUUAAUCCAAAUGGCUUUACCUUUUUUCUUCACUUGCGGGCCAAAAUAAAAUCACAUUAUCUUCUCCAGUGUUUGUUGUGCUCACUACUUGAAGGAUAUCUUCUGUGAUUCAGGUUAUUAGUGGUGUUUGUUUAGCAAUGUCAUGAAGAACAUAGCAAUUCCAGAAUUGACUAAAUCACUAGAUAUUACCUUUUAAACUACAAUGUUAUAAAUGUAUGCAAUUCACUUGCAUAAAAAAAAAUCCAUGAAUGUUCUCAGAUCCUGUUUUCCUUGACGGGCUGGACCUUUUAAAUGUUUUCUCCAUGUUUGCCCCCCCCAGUGUAUUUUUGUAUACUUUAGUUUCAUGUAUUCAUAGUUGCUGUAUCACCUCAGUGUCCUAUAUUCACAGUUUUCAUGACUAAAUAAAAAUCACCGAAAAGAUA